AGUCAGUUAUGUUAAAAGGGAACCUAAUCUAACUUUGACAUCUAAUAUAACUUUGACAUCUAAUAUUACUUUCGGUGGUGGACUGACUUUUCCUGCAAGGGCAACUGAAAACUUGCUGAUCAAACUUUCCAGGCCAAUGGCGCAUGCACAGAUCAAGAGUUUUGUGAUUUUGUCACUCGGGCUGCUGUUUUUCUUGGUGCUGUGGUUGUACAUUCAUGAUGACUGGAAAGGUGCCAAGCCUCUUCCCAGGCCUCUCCAGCGGCAGCCGAGGAAUCAAUCCUACAGAAUCGCUAUCAACACACAAACGCUCAGAAGCCCAGAGGCCUCUCCAGCCCCCGCCAUGAACGACCCAGGCCUGGGUGCCGAGGAGUGGGACCGGAUACAGAGGACACUCCACUGGGGUGGACCGGACCACCAGGUCACCACAGCAACCAUGAGCACCAGCCCUGACAUCUCCACCUUCAUCAUUAAUGACUUCAAGGACACUUACCAUGUGGGAGAUGAACUCCACGUCACCAUUGUUGCCAAGGACUUCACCGGUGCACCGAAACGUUAUGGAGGGGAUUUCUUCCAGGCAAAGGUUUAUUCAGACAAACUAAAGGCCAGUGUGUUUGGAGAGGUACUGGACCACCAGAACGGCACCUACUUGGCCCGCUUCACUCUGCCCUGGGCGGGCGAGGCGUCGGUGGCGGUCCGUAUGAUUCACUCCAGCGAGGCCGUGUUGGUCCUCAAACAGCACCAGAACACGGACCCCGACCGCAUCUACUUCUACGGCUUCUUCGUGGGCAAGAACCCCCAGGGUGCCCGAGUGGUGGAGAGUGUGGAGUGCAACGUGAAAUGGGACGGACUAGUGCUGUCGACCCAGAGGAACUGCUGCUGUGAGUACCAGGAUGCCCGCACGAGGCUGACCUGGCAGUGCCGCAAACCCCGCAGUCUGCCCUGUGACGCCCUGGUGGACCACUCUGCGGGCGGCUACAGGAAUCGCAUGACAGCCCCCGAGAAGGCAGUAAUGAACAGUAAAUAUGUGGACCGGUGGCUGAAGGGUGAUGCACGCCUGCUUAGAGUCAACCCCUCCAUUGCAACUAUUGUCAGCGCCUCCAAUGCAACUAUUGGAGUGACUGUGAGGGAGGCAUGUAAACCUGGACUGCCCACGCCGUUACCAGCAGGAUUUUACCUGAUGGACGUCUGGACGUCAUUUGUGUGUGGUGCCCGUCAUUUCACAGCGAUCGACACAGCCAAGUGUCUGAAGGACAAGCACAUCUACAUUAUGGGAGACUCAACUAGCAGGCAGUGGUUUGACUUCCUCAUCCAAACUGUCCCCACUCUGAAGCGCAUGAACCUCCACACCUCUGCCCAAGCGGGGCCCUUAUUGGCCGUGGACACGCAGAACAACAUCGACCUGCACUGGAGAUCCCACGGAUUGCCCCUGCGUACCACAAAGACCUCAAUGUCGGCGCUUCACUACGUGAGCAACGAGAUCGACGACAUGGUCGGUGGGCCGCACGCGGUCAUCGUCUUCAACAUGUGGGCACACUUCACCAACUACCCGCUCACCUUCUUCGCCUAUAACGUGUUUCUGAUUCGCCGUGCGGUCGUGGCACUGUUGAGACGGGCGCCAGGGACCAAGGUCGUCAUCAAGACAGCCAACACGGGCUACAAGGAUAUCUUCGGCAGUGACUGGUUUUCCAUGCAGCUGGACCGAAUCUUACGAGAAGCGUUCCGUGACGUGGAAGUCUACAUCCUGGACGUGUGGCAGAUGACCGCCUGCCACUACAGCAGAGAUAACAUCCAUCCUCCCCCCGUGGUCAUCAAAAACGAAAUUGACAUUCUUCUGUCCUUUAUGUGCCCCCAGUAAAGAGCCAAAGCCUCCUGACCCUCCAGUCCAACGCCUUCUCUUGGUGUCCUAAUGGCACUUGGCCAUCUUGACUGACUCACUCUCUCGCUCGACUGGUUCCAGCACACCUGACACUCAGCACACAGGACCUGCAGGUGCCACUGAGAACAGACAUUUGACCCUUUAGGUGCUUCUCAACUUGCCUCCUCAAUCCUCGAUGCUCGAUCCUUGAGGGGCGUUCCCACUGAUCUAUAACUAACACUGGAUAGACUAUCCCAUUGUUGCCGCCCCAUCAUUCUUUAUGUAGAUCAGUGAGGAUCGAGGAGCGAGAGAGGAUGUAUAAGCCCAAUUGAGAGGCACCCUUUGUGUCACUGCCACUGCCUGUGCAUACCUUGGAACAGACAUUUGAGCCUUUGUGUCACUGUGCCACUGCCUGAGACGGUUUAUAAAGCGAGGCGACUCAUAUGAGGGUCAAUUCCGGUUUCCCUGUGACGUAGUGCCACUCCCAUUUAGGAGGCAAACGGGAGAAAUAAACCUUAUCUCGGAUUAUGACCAUUCCCAGCAAUGCAAGUAACGAACCCAUAUUCUACAAGGCACACGUCUUUCUAACAUUCCCACAUUGAAAUCGUAUUUUCCAGCGAGAUAAAUACAUAGAAAAAUAACUUUGUUCACGACCUGUCCCUCCUGACCUGACCUGUCUCCGCUAAUUGCGCAGGCCACCUGUUAUCAACGGCACACUGCUUCUGCUGCUUCUACACUGGUCUAAACCGAUGAUCUCGUCACUCAUCACGCCCAUUUAGGAGGCGGAAGUGGGCACCAUUUCAUUCUAUUGAAAACCCUCUUUAUGAUUCAUCUUAGUAACUAUACGAUCUUUGAUUUGAGCCUUUGUGUCGCUGUGCCACUGGCCCUGUGGUACGUCAGUGUUUUCAGUUGCCAUUUGGUUUGCUGCCCCCUGCUGUUCUACUGUUCCUCCUCACCCCUCUCCUCUUUAGGUUCAUGGAGAGAGGCCUAAACUCCAGUUUAAGUUUAACAUGUAUCUGUUGAAAGGGAAAUAAUGGGAACAACACAUUCAUGUUUACUAUCAUUUUAAUGGUCUUAGUGCAAGAAUUACAAGCAGGGUCAUGGAAUUUCUGGAAUGUUCUGACAUUCACACCCUCUGACAUUUGCCUCUCUUCCUGUUAAUAUCAGCAGAACAUGAGAUAAGAUCUACAUCUUGGUGUGUGUGUGUUUGUGUGUGUAAGUGUUCACCUGUGUGAGUAAUGUUGUAAACAGGUCAUCUGUGUGGGUACUGUGUGUGUGUGCUUUCUGUAAACAGGUCAUCUGUGUGGGUACUGUGUGCUUUCUGUAAACAGGUCACCUGUGUGGGUACUGUGUGUGUGUGUGUGUGCUUUCUGUUAACAGCUCACCUGUGGACAGUGGUUGCUGUGUCCUAUCCCCAUGACCUUAACUUAAAAAAAAGGAAGCAACCUUUAAGGACAUUAUAAGUACAGUAUAUAAUGUGAUGAUGUGAGUGAUUCCAAAGGCCAAGGUAACUUGAACAGGAUAUGUUGGGAAGGCCCAUUGAAGUGAAUGGAGGAGUAUUCUGUAGCAUUAUGAAGUGCUGUGUAAUACAUUUUAAUCAUAAGUUACUAUUGUUGCAGUCUUGCACUCCUUCCUUUAGGUAUACUACUCUAAAGUAAAACCAUGUUUUUAAUUUAAAAAAUGUAAAAACAGUUCAUGUUUAAAGG